ACUUCGAAUAGUAACCGGCAUGGCGUACACAAGUGCCGGUGGUAAGAAAAGAGUUUGCUAUUAUUACGAUGGUGACAUCGGGAACUACUAUUAUGGACAGGGACAUCCUAUGAAACCUCACCGUAUUCGCAUGACCCAUAACUUAUUACUCAACUAUGGUCUUUACAGGAAAAUGGAAAUUUAUCGACCUCACAAGGCUGUCCUGGAAGAAAUGACCAAAUAUCAUUCUGAUGAUUAUAUAAAAUUCCUCAAGACGAUCAGACCUGACAACAUGUCCGAGUACACGAAGCAAAUGCAGCGAUUUAAUGUUGGUGAAGAUUGCCCAGUGUUUGAUGGGUUGUAUGAAUUCUGUCAGCUUUCUACAGGUGGAUCUUUAGCUGGUGCUGUCAAGUUAAACAAGACACAAACGGACAUAGCAGUCAACUGGGCUGGUGGAUUGCAUCAUGCUAAAAAAUCAGAAGCAUCAGGGUUCUGCUAUGUGAAUGAUAUUGUGUUAGCUAUUUUGGAACUGCUUAAGUAUAACCAGCGUGUUUUAUACAUCGACAUUGAUAUUCACCAUGGCGAUGGCGUGGAGGAAGCAUUCUACACUACUGACAGAGUCAUGACAGUUUCAUUUCACAAAUAUGGUGAAUAUUUCCCAGGGACAGGAGAUUUAAGGGAUAUAGGUGCUGGGAGAGGAAAGUACUAUGCAGUUAAUUUCCCACUAAGGGAUGGUAUUGAGGAUGACUCCUAUCAACAGAUUUUCCAACCAAUCAUCUCUAAGGUAAUGGAAAUCUACCAGCCCAAUGCAGUGGUCUUGCAGUGCGGAGCUGAUUCAUUGGCUGGUGACAGACUCGGCUGUUUUAACUUGUCCCUCAAGGGUCAUGCACAGUGUGUGGAGUUUGUCAAGAAGUUUGGUCUGCCAUUGUUAGUGCUUGGAGGUGGUGGCUAUACAAUCAGGAAUGUAGCAAGGUGCUGGACCUACGAGACAUCUGUUGCCCUUGAUGCUGAUAUUGCCAAUGAGCUACCCUAUAAUGAUUACUUUGAGUAUUUUGGACCUGAUUUCAAGCUGCACAUCAGUCCAUCCAACAUGACUAACCAGAACACCCCUGACUACUUGGAUAAGAUCAAGCAACGACUGUUUGAAAAUCUGCGAAUGUUGCCACAUGCGCCUGGAGUGCAAAUGCAACCUAUCCCAGAAGAUGCAUUACCAGAUGAAAGUGACAAUGAAGAUGAAGAUGAUCCUGAACAAAGAAUAAGUAUACGUGCAUCUGACAAACGAAUUGCUUGCGAGGAAGAAUUUUCUGAUUCUGAAGACGAAGGUGAUGGACGACGAGACAACCAGUCAGCGCGUGAAGGUAGAUCACGGAAACGAAAUCGUGCACACCCAGUAGAGAACAUGGUUACUAAUGGAAGUGCAGAGAAUGCCAAUGGAAGUGAUGAUGUCAGAUCUAAUAAUAGCACAUCUAAUAACCAAGCAGCUGAGUUAAAACCUGACUCUAAACCCAAACCAUCUAGUGGAUCUAAUACACCUAAGGAAGGAUCACCCAAGACAGUAGGAAGUACUACUGCUGCUGAGAGUACUGCUGAUAACUCUACUGUACCUCAAGAUGCAAACCGCAAAAG